GAUACUUAUUUAUACUUUUUAUUCUUUACUAUUUGAAUAGUAAGAACUAUAAUACAGAUUCUUGGUACUGAACUACUGUGACUAGUGAUCACAAGCAGAAUUGUUUACCUCCUCAAAUGAAAUUGCUUGUGGAAAAAGGUAGGAAGCAUGUGAUUUGGAUCUUCUAAUGGUACUGCAGAACAUGGUACCAUGCAUGUCUGAAGUUGGGAUUUUUGCUGAAAAAGUGCUCAUUCAUGGAGAUAGAUGGAGGGAGGAGUGUGUAUAGUUCUAAGCGAUGCUGCCAGCUUUGCAGAUUGAGUAAAGGCAUCAGUUGUAAAGGUGACAACAGGAUUUUGGGGUUGAAGGCUUAAUGCAUCCAAUGCAAAAGCAAUUGCUUCUUAGUAAGCAAAAGCUUCUUAGUAGCUUACUGAAAAAUUAUAAGGAAAGAGCCUUUAGAGUGUACAUAGAAUAUAAUAGAAGGGUGAUAUCCAAGCACAGUGCUGUUCACAUGGGCAAAAAUGUUAAACAGCAUUAAAGACCUAAGCCUGUCUGGCCCCAGUUUCUGUAUUAGGCACUGCUGUGUGCAGGAUAAUGUACUGACACAGAUGCCCCUGUAUGGUGAAGCAAAACAACACAAAGAUUAUUAUACUUCAGAUUCUUUUUUGAACUCCCAGUUAUAAAUUGUCUUAACAGACAACUGAACUGUAUCCUGAAAAUGAAUGUCUGCUGCAAUCUUAGAGUUUUCUACUCAGUGAGCUGUAAUUACUGUAUUUUCUUUACUGGCAUUCUACUUACAAACUUUUUUUUUUUUUUAAAGAGGCUCUUAAUUAUUAAUCUUCUAAUGCUUCAAAUAUUUUUUCAUAUGGAAUUUUGUUAAAACAGAUGUUCCCAAGUACAGUGAACCCAUUGCUGGCAAUGGGCAUGAAUGAUCAGCAUCAGAGUUCCUGUUAUUAGCACUUAAUUAAACUUUACAGAUACCAUGGUGGCCAUGUUUAACCUUUGUGAUCAAGGUACUAAAACAGGGAUUUCACAGUUUGUUCACUAACACUGUAACCUGCUUAAUGUAUAGAAGCACUUUGUAUUUAAACAAAACAAAACAAAAAAUCAAUAAAACAAAAAAUAAAACAAGAACACCAACAAAAACCAAACAAACCAUAAAACUUUAUAAGUAUGUUUUUUAAACUUAGAAAUUAUAUUCCCUCUAUGGUUUGUUUACACACUCUUAACAGUCCUUUUUAAUACUAAAAGAUACUAUAAUGCUUGCCUGUUUACAUGAGGGUAAAGGAAAGGGGUCUUGCACUCGGUGGCCCUAUUUUUCCAUUCUCCAAGGCCUUACUACAUACAUGGAGUCAUUUCUGCAAGUACCAUCAUCACAUUUGAAGGAAGGCAUUAGAAUCAUAGAAUGGUUUGGGUUGGAAGGAGACUUUGAAGGUCAUCUGCUUCCAACCCCCCCUGCCAUAGGCAUGGACACCUUCAGCUAGGCCAGGUUGCUCAGAGCCCCAUCCAACCUGGCCUUGAACAUGUCCAGGAUGUUUAUUCUCAUACUCAUUUCAAGAAUGAUCUUGUAUAUUACAUUAGUUCUCAGUCCCUUUCCAAUUUUCACUUUAGUUUUGCAUAAAAAGGUUAAGGGUGCCUCUUCCCAUUUAACCAUAAAAAAGGCUGGACAGAAACACCAGUCUGAAAACUGGUCAAAAAAAAGUCAAACUCAGACCAUCCUACAGAGCUGCCAGCAAAACUGUUUCUUUUACCACCUUGGAAUGACUUUUAUAUGGGAUAUUUAAAGGUUUAACAUUACUUCUAUUUGCAGUUAGAUUACUUUGAAAUAAAGCUUUAAAAUCAAAUGUACUGCGAGAGACACUUUAAAGAUUUUAUAACAGGUUCAGUAGAUCGUAUUCUAGAACCAUGUCCUUUUUUAAUGACUUCGCAUGAAUAGUAACUUUUUAGUAUUUGCCUCUUGCUGUUUUACCCCACAUUAUGGCAUUGUCUUGAAAGUCCAACACAUAUUGCUCCACUGAUUUUGUAGCACUUGGCUUUCUGCUGUCAAUUUACACGAAACAAAUUGAUUGCAGGAAAAUAUUGAUCUGAUUGUCAUGAGAUCAGGUUGAGAGGAUUGAUGAUUUAAGGGCAGCUUGAGAUACAUAUCUAAAUUCCUUACUUUUGCAUGUCACAGGUGAAACAGUUGUCUUGUGGUGUUUUUCUUGAACUCAGUUUAUUGCCCUUUGUCAAACUUCUAAUCACCAUUUCAGGUACUGGGGGGGAAAGAUAAAAAAUUCCUUAAACCAUCUUCCUCAGGCUUAGCUUAAGUCUAACACCUCCCUGCCUUAGUAGUCUCAGUUUCCUUUGCUCUCACCCAGAGUUGUAUUCAGCUCCUGCCAUUUCCCUUAGUAAGGUGACAGGUCACACAGGAGGUUGGGCUCAUAUGUACACUUGAUUGUCUGAUGCUCUUCAUUUCUUAGUGGGUGUCCUCUGGUGCUCUGGGCUGGUCAGUGUCACUAUUCAUGGAGACACUGGGCCACAGUCCUUUCAGGGAUGUGUCUGUUCCAGCUUGGUUGUUCUGUGGACCUCCGUUCUUUCAGAGGUGUACCUGCUCUGGCAGGGCUUAGCUGUAGGCCAGAGUUCUCUUAGAAGUGAAUCUCCUCAGGCAGGGAGUGUGUCCUUCUAUGACUAUGUCUAUACAUGUUCUCAGUGACUUCUUCAGGUGUUUUCCCAAGAGCAGCUCUUCAUUUUCUCCACAUGUACCCAGGAGUAUCUUCUACAUGUGUCUCCCUGCACCUCUUGCUAGCAGCUGCCACUCUUCCUUAAUUAUGUUUAAGCAGAAGCAUUAUGUGCACCUCUGGUUGAAAUUUUGGCUUGCAAUGGAUUGUUCACAUCCAUUUUUUGUGCAGGCUGAACUUCUUUUGACUAGCACAGGGCAGCUCGCAACCUGUAGCCACGCGUCACCCCUGCAGUCCCUGCCACUGGUGGCCAGUUGAACAUAGCAAGCCAAGAUAUACAGAUGCAGCUUCUGUCAAGCUUCUGAUUUUUGCUAAUGGAGUGGUCUUGUUCGAGAAUGGUGAUCUCUGAAGUUACGAUAGAGAAUGUACGUGCUGAUAGGAAAAUUCCAGAAUACUCACUUCAUAGUAGCAGCUACUGCAUGUCCCAAAAGCCUCUUGGUGCAUUGGAAGUAGAUUACUCUUUACGUCUGUAGAAAUGGACAGCAGCAGUUUCAUUCAGUUUGAUGUGCCAGAGUACAGCAACACUGUUCUAAGCCAGUUAAACGAACUCCGCUUGCAAGGGAAACUCUGUGACAUAAUCGUGCACAUCCAGGGUCAGCCGUUCCGUGCCCAUAAAGCUGUCUUAGCGGCCAGUUCUCCGUAUUUCCGUGACCAUUCAGCAUUAAGCACCAUGAGUGGCCUGUCUAUAUCAGUUAUUAAAAACCCCAAUGUUUUUGAACAGUUGCUUUCUUUUUGUUACACUGGAAGGAUGUCCUUGCAACUGAAGGAUGUUGUCAGUUUUCUGACUGCAGCUAGCUUCCUACAGAUGCAGUGCGUCAUUGACAAGUGCACACAGAUACUGGAGAGUAUCCAUUCAAAGAUUAGUGUUGGUGAUGUUGAUUCUGUCACUGUUGGUGCCGAAGAAAAUUCAGAGAAUCGCAAUGGCGUUAAAGACAGCAGCUACUUUGCCAACCCUAUUGAGAUAUCUCCUCCCUAUUGCUCUCAGGUGCGACAGUCAACAGCAGGCAGUGAUCUUCGGAUGGAAUCUACUCCAGGCAAAACUCUGCGUAGUCGUCUGCAAGAAGAAGGGCAUUCAGACCGAGGGAGCAGUGGGAGUAUCUCUGAAUAUGAGAUUCAGAUUGAAGGUGAUCAUGAGCAAGGAGACCUGAUAGUAAGGGAAAGUCAGAUUGCAGAGGUGAAAGUUAAAAUGGAAAAAUCUGACAGGCCAAGCUGCUCUGAUAGCUCUUCCCUUGGUGAUGAUGGAUAUCACACUGAAAUGGUGGAUGGAGAGCAGGUGGUAGCAGUAAAUGUUGGUUCCUAUGGGUCUGUCUUACAACAUGUUUAUUCAUUUACCCAUGCCUCAUCACAGGCUACAGGUGUGUCAGAAACCUUUGGAAGCCUGAGCAAUACAAGUCCUUCAAGGUCAAUGCUGAGCUGUUUCAGGGGGGGCCGUGCACGCCAAAAACGAGUACCUACAGGUCACUUGCAUAGUGAUGUCCAGGGCUUGGUGCAAGGGGCUGACAGUGAAUCCAUGGUGAGUAAUCCAGGAUAUGAAAAUAGUCCACGGGAAAGAAAUGCAAGAGGUCAUUGGUAUCCGUACAAUGAGAGGCUAAUUUGUAUUUACUGUGGCAAAUCUUUCAACCAGAAGGGGAGCCUUGAUCGACACAUGCGAUUGCACAUGGGAAUAACUCCUUUUGUGUGCAAGUUUUGUGGGAAGAAAUAUACCCGUAAGGACCAACUUGAGUAUCAUAUUCGUGGUCACACAGAUGACAAACCCUUUCGCUGUGAGAUCUGUGGAAAAUGUUUUCCUUUCCAGGGUACACUAAACCAGCACUUGCGAAAAAAUCACCCAGGGGUUACAGAAGUGAGAAACAGGGUUGAGUCUCCUGACAGAACAGAAACAUUUGUGGAACAGAAAGUAGAUAAUGAUGCUUCAGCUUCUGAAGCCAUGGAUUCUAGUAUGGAAAUUCAUGCAAUGUCUAACACAUCAGAUUAAAAUCUUACAUCUAAGUGAAACACAGAAAAGCACAUUACUAAUGUAUUUUUAAAGUAUUUUAUUCUUUCAGUAAUCUUCAAUUACUGUGUACAAGUGUAAUAACCUUUUAAUUUUCCUGACCUUCUGGAAAUCAGUUAGAAAUGGUUUCUGGAGAAGACUUCAGAAGUAUUUUGUUUUUUAAGGAGGAUGAAUUGUUUGUGGUUUGUUUUUGAAUAUUUGAAGAUGCUCAGAAUAUAAAGACAGUGUACUGAGGAAAGGCUAGGAAGAGUCUGCUGAAGUGUCCCUGCUGACUGAUCUGGUGAGACACAAAUGCCAAUGGAGAAAACUAGAGUAAGAUUGGCAGCUCUACUGAAUGCUCAAAGAAGCUGUAAUUUCCAUUUAUUUCUUAAGUCCUGUUACCGGUAAUGAGUUAAACAGCAGUGGAAGAGAGAAUAUUACGGCUUUGAUUCCUCUCCUGUCACAGUGAAAUCUGUUCACUCUUACUAACUGGUUUUGGUAGUGAGUCUGUUUAUAUAUAUAAAUUUGCUUUAUAUAUAUAAAAUGCUUUCACUUUCCCUGUUCUGGUUGAGGUGAAUGUAAAAGUAUGUCAAGGCUUAUACCAUAUGCCACUCUGUCAACUGUUAGGACUCCUCUCUGCUUAGGGUUUAGAACUUCAGACUUUGGGAGGAUGGUUUUGGUUUUAAACCUGUUGUUUGGUUUUCAUUUUAUUAAAACUAUUACUUUGUGUGCAAAAGUGAGCAAAGUGAAUUACCUUGUUUUAAUAGCUUUGCUUUAUAACAUAUGUAAACCAAAUGCCAUAAACCUAUUAAACUAUGGUUAAAUUGUUUAAAAGUUUUGUUAGUUGUCUAGAAUGCAAGCUGGACAACCUGUGGUGCUGACCUUUUUAUAUAUAUAGAGAUAGAUAUAUCUAUAUAUAUACAGAUACAUAGACACACACACACACACACACACACACACACACACAUAUAUAUAUAUAUAUAUAAAAAAUAAUAGCAAACCUAAAAGUAGCAUUGUGGUCUAAAACGUGUUUUUACUGGCCUCAGAAUCUACCUUCAUUUCGUACUGUAGAACCAUACCAGGUAAUUAAACUUAACUUCAUCACUCUUCAUGGUUGGUUAAAACAUGAGAGAGAUGUAGUUUAAACCACAGUAUUUCCAAGCAGUAUUUUAAUAGAUCUCUUCACAGAGAGCUGUUUUCAGGUGCACGUUGACUUCCUACUUAAAUCUCCAAGUGAUCUGCCAGCACUUGGAAUUUGUACUUUUUUUUGUACAGAAAGACAAAUACUGUAUGGGAAUUUUGAGCAAUAUGUUAUUUCAUGUGUGAGUAUUGCAGAGUUGCUAUGGCUUCUCUGUUUUUUCAGUGUUUUUUUUCUCUAUAAAGGAGCUACCAACAACUUUAAAAAUACUCUAAAUCUUUUUUUUUCACCAAAUGUAUGUUUUUAAUAUGGUGCUAACUUCAUAAUUUAGGUCAGUAUAAUAUAUAAAAUGUGAAACAUAGUCACAAUGGUCAAGAAAAAAAAAUCUCCAACAAUAGACAAACAAAAGCCCUCCCUACACAAACCAACACCCCCCAAACCCCCAACCAAACAGGAAAAACAAAAACACACAAAAAAAUAGAAAAACAAAAACAAAAAACACAAAACAAACAAAAAACUGACAACAAAACCCAUACCACAAAAAAAACAAUAGCUUAAGAGACCUCAAAAGCAUGGACUGGCAAACACUACUGUUUAACGUUCUACCUGAAUUCUACUUGAUGAACAGAAUUCAUUAUUAAACUAAUCACAUACUUCUUUAGAAUACAGGUUUUUAUACUGGUUCUUACGUUUUUUUAGCUGAUACUGAAAAUACAUUUGUGAACGUGCUGUUUAACUCCCAAAAAUUAGAAAAUAAAAGCUAAUUUCUAAAUUAUUGGAAAGAAAAAGGUAGGUUUGCUAUCACGUAAAACUUUUUGGCCCCUGUGAAGCUGGGGCGUAUUUGUGCAGUAGCUUUAUUAAAUACACUAGUUCUUAAUAUUGUGACAGUCUGCAAUAAGAAUUAGUCUCUCAAACAUGGAUUUACAAUAUAACCCCCACCUGCUUUAUUGGAGCAGUUUCAGUUAAAUUGAGUACGUCAUUUGCUUCUUUGUCCUAAAACUGCCUAAAUGAAGAGGCAAGGGGCAGGGAGAUGUUUCUCUCCCUGAAGCAACAACAGAAAUUUCGUUUCCAGUAAGGGAAGGGAUAGUCUAUGUCUAAGGCAGGUAGUCUGUAUGUUUACCCACCUAAAAACAUGGUGUUUCUGAUACAGUUUUUUCCUUGAGUGUUUAAGUAAUUAAAUGCAAAAGGUGUGUUUUGGUAAAUUAAGUUUGAGACAUGCAAAAUCCAAGAAAUGUACAGUUAUUCUUAACCCUUUAUCUUGAACCUGUGCUGUGGUGCCUUUGGUGUGACUUUUUCCCUGGAAGGAUGACUUGAGGAUAGCAGGAUAUGGGUACAAAUUUAUAUUUCUUGAAUUUCUCUGUGUCACAAUCUUAGCAUUAUUUGAAUCUAGUUCUUUGUAUUUGUAAAUGUAUUAAAAUGGUUUGAGUUUACCAAAGAGUGACUUAUCCAAAAUUGUCUCAGACAAAAGCAAACAAAAAAAACCAUCGCGUUGAUUGUAUAGGUUCAGGUUCAAUACAUUGUAACAGACUGUUAAGGGGCAGGAAAUGAUCCGUUUUUCUAGGAGCCGUGAUUCAGCAGUGUGCAAGUCCUGCUUGCCCCAGCUCGGGCGGGGAGUGCCGUUCCCUCCGCAGGCGGGCAGCGUUCUUGCCUCCAAGCCAUAGUCCAGCUCUGCGGCCCAGCAGCGCCCCGUGCGCGGCUCUCCCGGACACCGACGUCACCCUUGGCAGCAGCGGUGCCACUGUGCCUUGUCACAUAGUGGGGUGCCAGAAUCAGCGCUGCCACAGACACGAGGUGUCAUGAUGGAGUUUGUGUCACCAGCCCACCGAGCAGGAGGCCAUUGCUUUAGCAAAUGGUGGAAACCUUGUGCAGUGUCUGUGCGGUUCUCAGCACAGAGCUGUUACACAUUUCAUUUACAAUAAAUGCAGAAGUCAAUAAAAUAUGUGAAGAAAUAUUUGACAGCAAAAUAAGUAAUGAAAUUAUACAGGCUGGUUCAUAAUUGAGUCUCUUGUUAAUCUACCUUUUUAAUUCUAGACAAAUGUGAAAACAGUGACAGUGUCCUUUCCUCUAGAUGCUUAACCCAAACUGUGAAAAUAAAGGAUUUUAUACCUUUGCUUAUGUUUCUGGUUUAAAACCAUUAUUUUAGUUUUCUUUAUCAAUUAUCUUCCAUAUUAUUUCUUUUAAACUUGUAAAUACAUUUAGAAAAUAGCUUUGUAAAUACUUACAGUGUAUUAAAAGUUCAGUUUGGUCACUAAGGCCUCAAGAUUGGCUCUGCUUUCUGAGUGUGAAAUCUUUCUGUAGCAUAAAGGAUACUGUCAGUUCACUGUCAGCAGGGUAGACUGUAGGGCUAAAUUGAAAGUUCUAAUGCAGUCUUCCCCAGCAUAGAUCCGUGUUGUAUGCUGAAGCCUUUGGUUUACUUCUAGACAAAACAAUGAGGCCUCUUAAUAUGUUAAGGCUGAAUUAUGGGAAGAAGAACAGGAAUAAAAUCAAGGGCUGGGAAAAUAUUGAAUAAGCUUUACCUUUAAAUAUAUAUAUAAUUUGAACUUUUGUAUUAGUUUACUGUGAUUCUUUUAUUGUAAUUUUUCUAAACAGGUUUCACAUGAAACCAUUGAAAGGGACUCAAAUAUGCAACACCUAAUCUAUUUUCCAAGGGAAUUUUACCCUUGAAUGGUGCUUUUUGACUGGUCAGGGUUAUUUAUUAAAUUUUAUAUUUGAAAGUAUUUGGGGAAUUAUGUAAAUCCUUUAUAUGAAUCUCUUUAUUUCAUUAAUUGUAAAUUUCAUAAUACUCAGUGAUUAAAUUGGAAGUUUAGUAAAGUCAUUCAAAAUGUUCAAACUUUAUAAUCUGUGUGCAUUUUACAUAUAUUUUAUCAAGUGCCAGAAUACUUGUAUUUAAUAUUGUAGAUUUAAUACUACUUGCACAUCCCUGUGGCAGCAUUAACUUAAGUUACGCAAGUUUACAUUAAAAAAAUAAAAAAAGCUAAACGAAUAAGUAAGCCUGGGACAUGUGUUCCUGUAUUUCUUCAGGGGAUGUGAAGCCACGUAUCACUGACUGAGCAGGUUUGCUUUUUGCUCCUGUAGUUCGCUCCUGCUAUGGCAGAUGCAGAACUGCUGACUCCCAUUCCCACAGGCUGGGGUUUCAGCCUUUGGACUCAGCCCAGGAACCUCUGGUUCUAGAUCUGGUUGGAGGUAGAGCUCUUGCACGAUUUUAACAGUGUUUGUUUCUGACUGAAAAUUUGUAUUUUUAAAUAACUUUUGUUUGUAUGGUUAUUUUUCAAGAUGAAUAAUUGAACAGUUUGAAUGACUUGACUUGGUGUCAUUAUCUUGCAAUAUAAACCAGGAACCUCACACCUCCGCACUUCAUCACCACAUGAAGUAAAUGAAGCUAGCUAAGCUGAUGCUGUAAGAAUUAGUAACUUGCCAUUAAGGAUUAUUUUACAGCAUGAACUUUAAAAUAUUUAUUCAAAUGAUAUUUUACUCUUGUAUUCACUUUGUUUUUAGAUUUGUGACAUGAAUAUUUCUGUGCUGCUUUAUUUUGUUCUGAUGAGUUUGUUUCUUGCUUGUAAAUAGCUUUUUUUAUGGUAUAAAGUCAAUCGGAAUUGCUGUUUGUAAAUUAAAAUGCUUCUAGAGCAAA